AUGGCGUUUCACCUCCCUGCGGGGUUAUUGGAGGAUCCUCAGUCAACAGGGGGUGGUACGAGCCACGCCAGUGGUGACAGAGGAAGCUCAACCCCGGGGAAAUGCGUUGGGGAGGGGUGGGGGUGCUUCCUCCACCAGCAUUGCCACAGCCACUGGCAAAUGGUCAUCACAGGACACCUCGCUGGUCACAUGCCAGGAGCCACGCUAGGAGGGAUCAUCGUGCCUGCAUGCCACACCACAGCUGGUGGAGGAGCAUUCACUACCUUCAAGGACAGCGAGUGAGCAGGAACUGUGCCUCUUAAUACCCCCAGAAUGACCCUCAGCAGCUGCAGUAUCACAGCCUAUGAAAGCUUUCCACUUGUCCAGCUGUGUAUUUACAUCCCAGUUUUGCUCUUGGGCAUUUUGCUGAACGUGUUGGCACUGUGGGUGUUCUGCUGGAAACUGAGCAAAUGGACAGAAACCAGAGUAUACAUGGUCAACUUGGCUGUGGCUGACUGCUUGCUGCUUUUUACUUUGCCUUUUAAAACUUUAUCCCAGUUCCAUCAGCUGAAGGUAGGUAGGUGGUGCCUGGUUCUGGAAGGUGGCUAUUUCAUAAACCGCUUAAUGAGCAUUGGUAUCAUCACUGUCAUAGCAGCUGACAGGUACCUUGCAAUCAAGUACCCUUUGAAAGCCAAGGUGCUGAGGUCGCCGCUGAAGGCAGCUUUUGCUUCUGGAUUUCUUUGGAUAGUCAUCAUCUGUGUGAUGUCCCUAAUUAAAAAGUUAGAGGACCGAGAACAAGAUGAACUUUGCUUUGAAAAAUCUUCUGUUAAGCCCUCAGUCAUCACGCUGAGUGCUAUUAUUGUUGGAUUCUUCAUACCACUGAUCAUUGUGAGUUAUUGCUCCAUACAAGUCAUUGCAGAGCUCAGGAGAAAGAAGAAUGAAGACUGUCACAAGGAAAAGUUAAUCAGGAAGGCUGUCUACAUUGUGUCUGCAAACAUGGCUGUGUUCACGAUAUGCUUUUUACCUCUUUACCUCGGGCAUCUCCUUCGCUUUAUAAUGGACUCCAUCAGCUCCAACUGCUCUGCAAUACAGGGAGUUAACAAUUUUGUUCACCUUGCCUCAGUCCUCGCAAACACAAACUGCUGCCUGGAUGCUAUUUGUUACUACUUUGUCAACAAGGAAUUUAAGGAAGCAUCUCCUAAGCUAGCAAAGUCCAAAUUCAAAGAUAGCAAAGAAGCUGAAAUUCAGCUCCCAUGCAUAACACAUUAG